UUUACGGCAAUUCUAUUGUGGACGUCAACACAGCAAUGGCGGAUGCUGUAGAGGAAGUUCUUGAUGGCAGCUGGGACCAGGACCUGUCGGAGGCUCUGGACUCCCCAACCUGUGACCUGGAGUCAGAUGGGGGCCUCAUCCCGGCCCAAGACCUGCCCCCUGCAGAGAGAGCCAAGCUAUGGAAGAUUGCCCUGAACGUGGCCGGAAAGGGAGACAGCCUGUCCUCAUGGGAUGGGGCCCUGGACCUGCCAGAACAGACGCUCAUUCACAACCGCAGUCAGCAGCUCAUCGAUCAGCUUAGGCUUCCUGAGGAGGAGAGUAAGGGCCUUGUGUCGGACGUGGAGGCGGUCAUCACCUUCUACUGCAAAUCUCGCAACGUCACCUUUACGCCAGACCUGAGCUGGCCACACCUGCUCAAACCGCUCCUGGGCCUGCAGCUUCCCCGCAGUGACCUCUACAACUGCUUCUACGCCAUCAUGAAUAAAUACAUCCCACGGGACUGUGUUCCGAAGGGACGGCCCUUCCACCUGUACAGGCUGCUGCUGCAGUACCACGAGCCUGAGCUCUGCUCCUUCCUGGACACCAAGAAGAUCACGCCGGACUCCUACGCCAUCAGCUGGCUGGGUAGCCUCUUCUCCAGUCACUGCAUUCCUGACGUCACCCAGGCCAUGUGGGACAUCUACUUCCAGCAGGCAGACCCCUUCCUCGUCUUCUUCCUCAUGCUCAUCAUCCUCGUUAACGCCAAAGACGGCAUCCUCUCCCAAGAAGGGAACAGCAAAGAGGAGAUCAUUAAAAUGCUGGAGGGCUCGCCAGCUCUCCUCGAGGGGGAGGACCUGGAGGAUCUGUUCUCGCUGGCGCAGUAUUACUACAGCAAGACUCCACUCUCAUUCAGAAAGGAGAACCAGAACCUGUUUGGCAGCAGCCUGGUGGCACUAAGGGAAGAGGACAUGGACUUGAGUCAGGCGCUGUGUCUUCCGGUGUCCGUGCCCGAGAUCCUCCAGGCCAACCAGCUGCAGCCGGAGGGGGUGCGCUUCUUUGUGGUGGACUGUCGUCCUGCAGAGCAGUAUAACGCAGGACAUCUCUCCACAGCCUUCCAUCUAGACUCAGACUUGAUGCUGCAGAACCCGUCUGAGUUUGCCCUGUCGGUGAAGUCCCUGCUGGAGGCCCAGAAGCAGUCCCUGGAGUCGGGCUCCAUCGCCAGCGGGGAGCACCUGUGCUUCAUGGGCAGCGGGCGCGAGGAGGAGGACAUGUACAUGAACAUGGUGCUCGCCCACUUCCUGCAGAAAAACAAAGAGUAUGUCAGCAUCGCCAAAGGAGGCUUCAUGGCUCUGCAGCAGCAUCUAGCAGACAUCAAUGUGGAGGGCCCUGACAACGUCUAUGUGCACUGGAUAGUCAGCACCUCCGGCUCCCACAACAGCCUCAGCUCCGCUGAUGGUGAGGGCCUGAAUAGCACAGCUGAUGGCAAAGGGGUCAAGUCCCUGGUCAACAAGAUGACCUUUGCCCUCAAAUCCAAGUCUGUUAAUGUGAAGGAGAAGAUGAUCAGCUUCAUUGAGAACACUUCCACGCCUGUGGACAGAAUGUCUUUCAGUCUGCCCUGGCCGGAGAAAGGGAUUCCUGAUCGACAUGUCAGUAGUAGUGACCGAGUAGGAAAGCCGUACCGAGGUGUCAAACCAGUGUUCAGCAUCGGAGACGAGGAGGAGUACGACACAGAUGAGAUUGACAGCUCGUCGAUGUCGGACGACGACCGCAAGGAGAUAGUGAACAUCCAGACGUGGAUCAAUAAGCCAGAUGUGAAGCACCAUGUGCCCUGUAACGAGGUGAAGGAGACGGGACACAUGUUCCCCAGUCACUUGCUGAUCACAGCCACGCACAUGUACUGCCUAAGGGAGAUCGCCUCGCGUAAAGGCUUCGCCUACAUCCAGUCCAGGCAAGCCCUGAGCUCUGUGGUCAAGAUCACAUCCAAGAAGAAACAUCCGGAGCUCAUCACAUUUAAGUUUGGCAACAACAACCCUGCAGGGGUGGACAUCGUGGCCGUGGAGAGGUAUCUGAUCCCCAACGCCGGGGACGCCACCAAGGUCAUCAAGCAGCAGAUCAUGAAGGUGUUGGAUGCCCUGGAGAGCUCGUAGAGGCAGCACACACACCGCUGGGGCAGCAGCAGCAGAGGAGGAUGCAGCAGCACCUCUGCUACAGGCCAUGCAGGGGACCUGCAACUGGACAAACCACCUUGGCCAAGAGGCGCUAGUCUAUGUCCAUGUCUCUUUCUCUCUUUCUCUCUUUCUCUCUCUCUCUUUCUCUCUGUAUGACUCUGCCUCCCUUCCAGGACAAUGUAAACCCAGCAGUGUUUAUUCGUACCCCAGCCCCUCCUCACCUCACCCCUCCUUCUCGGCUGCGGGGUGCUGCCCAGGGAUGCUGGGACAGACGGAAAUUGUUGGACAGCAGGGCUGUGAGGACAAGGCUCUUCUCCUCUGUGUAUGACUAUUAUUAUAACAGAGAGCAAGCUGAACUGACGUAGGCGUUUUUGUUUCAUUGGGUUUUUUUUUUUAUUAUUUCCCUCCUUUUCAGCUUUAACGGGCACCUUUAUUGGCGUAUGAGUAUGUGGGCAUAAAAAAAAUAAAACGCAGUGGUGACAGUCCUUGAGUACCUGAGUAAGUCAGUAGCCUUAACCAACUCACCACUGGUAGACUGACGCACACCCCCUGACUCUUUUGUUACCAGAGAAACGUCUCCUGACCCUCGAAAGAAGUCAAGUCAAGGACAUCCUCAGUGUUUUUUCCCCCCCUUGGACAUAUUCAACGCUUCUGUAACCAUAUCAAGACGGCACAGUGUGCUGUAUGUCAAAGUAUUUGUUAAAAGCUGUAAUGUUUUGGACAGGGCUAAAGGAAAGAUUUCAGUAGAGCGUAUGUGGAUGGUGGAAUGCUCAUGUUUCCUUUUAUAGUGUAUGGGACGGGCAGUUUUGUAAAGGCUCUGGAGGGCGGUAUACAUAUGAUUGCACACCCUCUUUGACUUGGGGUACACUAAAAUAUUCAAUAUCAUAAACUCUUGUUGUCUUGUUUAAACACUCUCCAUUUAUUUAGUGUAAACAAUCCUCAUGUGAUACCCCUGCCCUUUAUGGUUUGCUCCUGCUGAUAGCCUUAAAUACAAUAGAAAGCGGAAUGAUUUAAGUAUAUUGGUAAAUAAAUAUAUAUAAAUAUAUAUUGUAUAUACUGUAAAACUACCUGGCUAUCCUCACGGAAGGAGGCUUAGGUUCUCAGAGAAAAAAAAGUACUGUUGAUGGGAUUAGACAGUGGUUGAUCAGUUAUUAUGUAAACAAGACUCAACAGGAGGUCAUGUUUGAUGUCCUAUUUAUUAAAUCUUUUCAUAACUGGACUCCUGACAGCAUUUCCCAACUUCUUUCACGUCAGUUCCCCUCCCCACUGUCUGUCUGUCAACCAUGGAAAUAAAAACCUGUAUAAAAUGUAACUUGAAAGAAAUGCAAAUUGCCUUUGGAAUGAGAAUUUUGCCAUGUAUCAUUCUCACAAGAAAAGCACAUUCUGUGAAGCUGAAAAUGUUGACUUGAAAUUUGACCUAUGUUUUGAUCUUUUAUUAUUUCCUUUCACUCUGAAACUUAUUUGCUGCUCUUAUAAAUGGUGACCAAAAUGUACUUUCAGUUUUUGCAACACAAUGCAAAAGGCUGUGAAGAAUAGAUAAGAUUACUGUAGAAAAAAUAAUUGGGACCUCUCACCUCCUCACAAUGAAAGUGUUUCAAAAUGUUUCCAGUGGGAGCUCAGCAGUAACUCCAUUGUGUAAAAGUACUUCCUGCAUUGAUUUUCAGUUCAACUUACCCUAUGCUGUUAUUUUUUGUAACCACUUUUAAUAAAUUUACAACUCAACUCCCAA